AUGGUUCGUCAACUCAAGCACCACGAGAAAAAGUUGCUCCGGAAGGUCGACUUCCACACCUACAAAUCCGAUGGCAAUCACCGUGAGCACAUGAUCCGCCAGCGUUACCUCCUCCAAGAUCCUAUGGACUACAAGAAAUACAACAGCCUUUGCGGAUCUUUGCGAGGCCUCGCCCACAAGCUCUCCCAGCUCGACCCGGAAACCGACCCUGUGCGCAAGCAGCUGGAGUCAGAAUUGAUCGAGAAGUUAUGGCGCAUGGGAAUCUUGAAGCAGUCCCGUGAGCAGGGUGCGAGUUUGUCCCGUGUUGAGCGGGAGGUUACCGUUUCGGCAUUCUGUCGGCGGCGAUUGGCGGUUUUGAUGGUUCGAUCCGGAAUGGUUGAGACUAUUAAGGCUGCUGCCACUUUCAUCGAACAAGGACAGGUCCGUGUUGGUACUGAAGUCGUCAAUGAUCCCGCUUUCAUGGUUACUCGCAACCUCGAGGACUUUGUGACCUGGGUCGACUCCAGCAAGAUCAAGCGUAACAUCAUGCGUUACCGCGAGAAGCUCGAUGACUUUGAUCUUCUCUAA